AUGAGGACCUCGUCGGCUGCCGUCCCUGGACCGACAGGCCGGCGAAUGGGACACAAUAGGCAGUCUUUUUGUGUUUCGAAGGCUUCACGUCGGCCAGCCCGUUCGACCGGAUCUCGACGGCUUGAUCAAUCAGUUGACGUCAAAGUGGAACUUGAACGCCGCGCAGCUGCUGAACGAAAGGCUAGGCGCAAGACAUACGGCAUCGAGAGCGAAGAGCGUGUGGAUGUAGAGGAAGAGAGGGAACAAUUCAAGGACGAAACCCCCCGUCCAGACGGUCUCCCGCAUACCGACAGCGGUGAAGGAGUAGACAAGGGUUUCAGAAACACAGGAGGCUCAACCGACAUAACCGACCCGAUCAUCGACGUCAGCACAACAGCUGAUGAGAAUUCGAACACCGACCACGAUUCAGCCCUUUCCACCAGCUUGGGAGGCAAUGCUGUUGGAGAAGCUGAUGACAGCCCAGGAGUAUGCAGCCCUGUCACUGAUGAGACUCCAAGCAGAGAUGUGAAGUCAGAGAGGAAGCUAAAGGCCGCGUGGUGCGAGUUAAAAGGCCGAAUGAGGAAGCCUUUUAGAAGCCGUUCGUGA